AAGAGACUCUGUCGCCAGCAAACACCGCAAAGGGCCCGCACAGUCUGUGAAGUCUGGCAACCAUUAUAGCCACCGUCUUCACUUUUCAUUGUAGUCUUUUCUGAAUCGAACAUCAACAAAACAACGCAGUCUCAACAGAGACAGAUAAAGUCACAAGAAUACCAAGCCUCACAUACAAAUAAGGUAAUAGCACCAGCGUACCAGCCUUCACCACAAGCGCGUAUCUGUUAUCAUUCUAUCUUGUCAUAUUCUGGUAGUCAUCUGAAUCAAUACAUCAUACAGAUUCAAAUCGGAGAAUACCGUAAUCAAGAACUUGCAACGCUAACAAGACUUAUAACAACAACCAUAAAACCAUCAUAACUAAUAGCACCAACCUCAUUAACAUCAUUAACAUCUUCAUCUCCAUUCUUAUCAUAAAGAUUUCGUCAAUUCUCACACAAUCAUCAACUCAUAUAUCGUAAUGCGUAGAAAGCCUGUAGAAUACAAUUCGGGCUCUCCUUCUUCAUUGAACCCUCGGAUAAACGAUGAACUAAACAAUUCCAGACCAUAUAAAUCAGGAAACGAAAACGGCCAUUCCCAUAACGACUAUCCCAAUUCCAAUACCGGGACUUCCGAUCCCCACAGGGCUUCCACCAGCUCAUUUUUCUCGUUGCGAAAAGCCAAAGACAGAUACAGUGCUGCUGAAAACUACAGCGACACAUCUUCGACUGAUUCAGCCAGUAUUAUCAGCGGUGGAACCAGCAACUCAAAUUCAGGAACACCUGUUAGACGACAAAGUUUGGGUAACCUUCUUUCCAAAUCGUCUCAUACCAACCGUUCAACACUUUCCACCAUCAUUCCCACGUCACAGGUAACAAACUCAAACCAUUCGCGACAUGCAUCCACAUAUAGCAUUUCCACUGUUAACCCGUACGAUACUGCAACAUCGAAAACCUCGUCACGACCUAACGGAGGUCUAUCUCGUAGAUCGACCACUGCAUCACAAUCUUCUGUCUCGUCAGCGACGUUGAUAUCAAAGCCAACGUUGUCGCAUCACGAUCCACUUCAGGGCCAAGGUGGCUUCUACAUGGAGAAGCCGACACUGAUCUUUGAGAUAGACAGGCUCUUCAGAGAGUUGAUGGAAAAGAGAGACUUUCGUUCGUUGCCUGCUACGGCAAAACAGGAGAUGGUCAACUUCAGUCCUGACAAGAAGUGGAUGUUGAUCUACCAAGACGCCUUGACUGAAUAUCAGCGUAAUGAACGUAUGGCACAAAACAAGGAUGAGACCUUAACUCCGUCCUAUUUCAGUAAGCUCUUGAUGUCGAAGAAUAUUCUGGCUGGUCAACUCAAAAAAUUGUGGGUUUCGUUGAGAACUGAGAGGAUCUCCUGGGUGAGAACUUUCAUCUACGAUUGCCAGGGAGAUGUAUUGUUGCUGACAUAUCUUCUCAAAUUACAGCAGAUAAUAAGCGAAACAGACGCUUUUGACAUCAAUGACGAUAUCUUUGACAGAGAGUUUAACACGCUUACCGCGUUGAAGUGUAUGAUGAACCAGAAAUUGGGUGCAGAAAGAGUAAAAACUGAUGUAAAUCUCUAUGUGAACGCCAUAGCAGGCUCAUUAUUAUCACCUCGUAUUGUGACAAGAAACAUUGCAGCCGAGACUCUUACCUUCAUGAUAGCCUACUACCAUGCUCAAGACGGAGAUCAGAGUAAGUACCACAAGAUCUUGAAGGCAUUGGAUUCCAUACCCAGUAGACCCCACUUUGAGUUCGACAACGACAUCAAAAACUCUCGUAAGAAAUUGGUUAGAAAACCACCUGCUCCAGAUCGGUACAAGCGUUUUGAGUUGUGGGUUCACCUUGUAGAAAAGACUGUAGACGGUAAGGGAAAGUAUAUGAAUUCACUAGUCGGAGCUAGUGAAGAGUUCAAGUCAGCUGUUUCUGGAGCCAAAGGAGUGGCUACAUCCAGCAUAGAGAAUCAUUUGAUGGAAUACUGCCUUGGAACUAUGUUGUUGAUCAACACUAUUAUUGACUAUGGUGUAGAUUAUAGGGUUAGAAUCCAUUUAAGAGCCCAGUUCAAGGCAGCAGGCUUGGAUAGACUAUUCGAGAAGUUCAGAGACUUGGGCUAUGGCGCUCUUAACCAACAAUGUAACAAUUACUUCGACAAAGCAGAAAGCGACGAAGAGGAGUUGAAAUCUCGUGCCAACAUCAAUGAGAACUUAGACUUCGACGAUCCUGUGGCCUUAGUGCAAUCUUUAUGGGAAAGUGUGAAGAACAGUGAGGCCCAGGGACAUUUUAUUAGUGCCAUUCAACAUCUUUUCUUGAAUCAGAAUGAGAAAAAGGAUAAUGCUGAUGAUAUGGUCAGAAGUUUGCGCUUAUUAGACGGUUUGAUACAGAACAUUUCUAUGGUUCACACUACAAAUGAUGAUUCCGCUAUGGGCAUAGCCAUUAAUAGAUUAUACAGCGGAAUGACAACAGAUGACCAAUUUAGGAAAGCUGUUGAAGAAGCAAAGAACUUUAAAAAGAUUGCUGAAGAAGCAACUGCAGAACGUGACGACAUGUCUCGACAGAUUUCUAUGGGAGCAGAUGGUUUGAUUGCCAGAUUGUCCAAUGAAGUUAGAGAACAAGAAACUGUAUUACAAAGAUCUCGUCGUAUGAAUGAAGAAUUGAACCGAGAAUUGGAAGAAUUGAAACGAAAACAUCUCCGUGAAAAGCAGCAACAGGAGCUUGAGAUGCGUGAGCUCUUGAUUCUGUUGAAUAACGGCGCCAACAUCAACACAAGACAUGUAUCUGAAGAUGGUGGAAAGACCACAGUGUCGAUCCGUACUUCUAACGAACAAUUAAUUAGUAGACUUCAAAAACAAAUCCGCCGAAGAAAUGCGGAGUACAAACAAGACAAUAGACAAUUUGGCACGGUAGUCGAACCAAGUUCCAGAUUAAGAGCCUUGAGAGACCAGAUGGAUGAUAUCGAGAAUAUGGCUAGAGAAUUAGAAAUGACUGAAUUUGAAACCUAUGUUGAUCCAGCAGAAGCCGAACAAGCACCAGUUGUUGAAGAGAUCCCUUCUGAACCUGAAGUUGAAGAGUCAGAGUCAGAAUCUUCUGAAGAAAAUGAAGACGACGAAGAAGAAGAUAUGGAUGAACCCAUCAACACGAGUCCUUCCAGACCGGUAAGAAGUGACGAUUUGGUUAAGUUGGAUAGUUUGAGAAAGAAACUUUCUUCUUUGCAGAGCGAAUCUAAUGAUAUUAUGAAGUUCAACAAUAGUGCCAUGUUCAACAAGCAGAAGUACUUGGCUAUGGAGAGAUUGCGAGAAUUGGAGAACAAUUUCAAAGACUUCAAUAUAGAUUUCAAUGUCAGCGAAGAACCAGAAUUGAACGACUUCAGCUUUGACUCAACAGCUGAGUAUGUGGAUCCAUCGAUCAAGGCUAAGAUAAAGGAGGAGUUAGAAGAAGUACGUUUGUUGAAACUCGAACUCAAGAAAAAAUUAUCCGACCAAGAUGAAACCAGAAAGAAGCGGAACGCGAAAAGAAAAUCGACUACCAUUUUAGAAAAAUUGGAAGCAAAAUAUUCUCAAGGCAAAGUCAAACCUCUUACCGCAGAUGUUAUAAAGGGAUCAAAUGAGUCUUCGGCUGACUACAAGAACAAUAGAAACGUAAAGAUUGGUGGUAUGGACCCUGUAUUUUUGAAAGAGUUGAACUCCAAGGUCAACAAGACAGCAGCUAUAGACGAAUCCAAGGAAAGGUCUCCUACUUCGAGUCCAAAUCCAGCAGAAACGUCACAGUCGUCAACCUCUACGCCAGUGCCUGCUCCACCUCCUCCACCUCCUCCUCCUCCGCCACCUCCAUUACCUCCAUUAUUGCAAGGCAACGUACCUUUAGCCCCUCCUCCACCACCACCUCCGCCAUUUCCUACUUCUCUUGUUCAAAAUGGUUCAGGAGGACCACCACCACCUCCUCCACCCCCACCGCCUCCACCUCCAUUUUCACUGAUGACCUCAACAAAUUCUAUAGCACAGUUGCCAGUGGAAAGAGAGCCUUCUCCUUUUGACAAUUUCCCCAGGCCAAAGAAAAAGUUGAAACAAUUGCAUUGGGAGAAAAUCGAUACCAAGGGUUCCAAUUCUUUUUGGCAAGAUACCAAGACUGAUACCCUUGCCUCGGAUUUGAAAUCGAAAGGUGUUUUUGAGGAAAUUGAAUUGAUCUUCGCUGCCAAAGAAAUCAAGAAGUUGGCAACUAAGAAGAAAGAAGAAAUUGACAAGGUUACCUUCUUGUCGAGAGACGCUUCUCAACAAUUCAGUAUCAACUUACAUUCAUUCAAUGCUUUAUCUGAUGAUGAAUUAGUCUCAAAAGUGUUGAGAUGUGACAAAGACAUUAUCAGCAACCAUGCAGUUUUGGAAUUUUUUGGAAAGGAAGAGAUUGUAGAGAUCUCAAACACUUUGGCAAGAAACUUCGAGCCUUAUUCUACUGACUAUAAGGUAGAUGAACCAUCUAAGCCUGAUAAAGAUCCAAAUGAGUUGCAGAGACCAGACAGAAUCUACUUGGAAUUGAUCUACAACUUACAACACUACUGGAAGUCAAGAAUUAGAGCAUUGAAUAUGGUUGCCAACUUUGAAAGAGACUAUGAUGAACUUGUCUCUAAAUUGAGAUCUAUUGAUGAAGCGGUAGAUUCAAUCAAGCAGUCUAAGCAUUUGAAGGGUGUGUUUGAGAUUAUCUUAACAGUGGGAAACUAUAUGAAUGAUUCUACUAAGCAGGCUCAAGGUUUCAAGUUAAGCUCCUUACAAAGACUUAGUUUUAUGAAAGACGACAAGAAUAGUAUGACUUUCUUGCAUUAUGUCGAGAAAAUUAUUAGAACACAGUACCCUGAGUACUUGGAAUUCAUGGAUGAAUUGUCUAAAUGUCAUGACGUCAGCAAGUUUUCUAUUGAAGCUGCUGCAAACGACUGUAGAGAUUACACACAAUCCAUCAAAAAUGUUCAGAGUUCGAUUGAUAUCGGGAAUCUCAGUGACAGCACGUUGUUUCAUCCCCAGGAUCGUAUCUUGAAGGUAGUGUUACCUAGCUUGACCCGUGCUAGUAAGAAAAGUGAAUUAUUGGUUGACCAAUCUACUUACACAAUGAAAGAGUUUGAUACCUUAAUGAGAUACUUUGGUGAAGAUCCAUCAGAUACGUUUGUCAAGAACUCGUUUAUUUCUAAAUUCUCUAACUUCAUCAAAGACUUCAAGAGGGUUCAGAUAGAAAAUCUCAAGAGAGAAGAAGAAAUUAGAAUCUAUGAACUGAGAAAGAAACUUCUUGAAACUCCACGAAGAGCUGAUACAAAGGCUAGCUCUGGUGAAGAGGAUGCUGAUUCAGAGUCAAAUGUCAUGGACUCAUUACUUGAAAAAUUGAAGGCGGCCGGACCACCAAAAGGUGAAUCGUCAUCGGCUAGAAAGAGAGCUCUCAUGAGGAAGCAACUAAUAGAAAACCAAAAGAAGCUUAAUUCUCCAACUGCAGAUAAAUUCGGAUCUAUUCCAGAAGAUAGUAAUGCUACAACUGGUGAUGAAAACAGUUCAACUCCAACUAAGGUUGACGUUGGAAACUCGUCUGACACCGCUGAUAUUGACUCAGAUGACCCGAGAAGUGACAGCGACCUAGGUUUCAGAGCAAGAAAUCUAUUGAAGGAGCUUCGAGGUGCUGGUGAGAACAGCUCUUCGGAUCGUUUAACUUCAGCCCAGAAGUUCAGACAAGAAAGAUUGAGAAAAAAGAUCUCGACUACUGAUUCCUCAAGUAGCUUAGUCGAUGAAGACGGCGAACUGUCACCUUUGCCUGUCAGCGAAUCUGAAUCUGUUCAAGAGACUGAUCAAAUACCAGAGGAAAAAGUACCGAUCUGAUAUAGAAGAUAAAGAUGAAUACAGAAGAGAAUGUUAUCUUGUCUUGAUAACAUAGAAUAGAAUUAAUCAACAUUGCAUUAUAAAUAUUUUAAAGGGUAACGUUAGAUUCACAACAGAUGGAUAUUUCUUCCAAGUCGUAGUCUAUUAAUGUGCCUCUGUUUCCCUUGUAAUCAAAACUAGGCUUGUUGAGCGACAACAAACCAGUUCCGCUUAUCUUGUUUGCAAAAGGCAUUUCCAAUUUCUCCACGAGAUCAAUCAACGGUGCUUUUCUUAAUUUGGCUGUCAGCAAUUUCAUUUUCAAGUUAGUCAAUUCUUCAUCGCUUUCUGUAACUUCUCUAACUGAACUGAUCUCACCAUUUACUCCAAUACAAAGUGCCAUUUUCUUCGUAUACUUUUCGUCCUUGACCCAACAGGUGUGAAAUCCUGCCGAGUAUACUCUUGGAAUACAAUUCAUUUUAUAGUUUAGUCUCGUCGAACAUCUGUUCUGAUCAAUAUCGAUAAUAGCAAUGGAAGAAUGCAACUUA